AUUUCGAUUUAGAUCAGGAUUUGGACCAAUAUUUCGAAAGCUAUGAAGAACUUGAUAAAAAAAUCCAGGGGAACCUAAAACUAGUAAAAUCGAUAUUUUUCUAAGUAUCAAAUGCCUUCAAGUUAAAAAACAUUUAGGCUGGACUAAUCAGGAGCGCGUUAUAACCAGACUAUGUAGAAGAAAUGGCGGAAUUCACCGCCACCUACCACCAUUUUAGUAACUACUAAGGUCCACCAGUUAAUGCUAAGUGAUAACACCCGAUUACAAUCUUACAAAAAUGCAAUUUUUGAUUGCAAAGAAAAAUUUAAAAACAAAACUGUUAUGGAUGUCGGUGCUGGAACUGGAAUCCUAUCGAUUUUUUGUGCUCAAGCUGGGUCAAGGAAGGUUUUUGCCGUGGAAGCCAGUCGGUUAGCUGAAGUAGCCAAAGCAGUUGUUACCGAGAACAACUUUGAUGAUGUUAUACAAGUAAUUCAAAAUCGAAUCGAAGAUGUAGAACCAAAUUCAAUUGACAAAGUAGAUAUUAUAGUGUCUGAAUGGAUGGGCUUUUAUCUAGUACACGAAGGAAUGCUCGAUUCUGUUAUUGUAGCAAGAGACAAUUUUCUUAAAGAGAAUGGACUUUUAUUUCCAAGAGUUGCUAAAAUAUAUGCCGCGCCGUGCCAACUACCAUCAUUUUUCGAAUUCUGGGAGAACGUCUGUGACGUUAAAAUGAAGUGUGUUGGAAGAGAACAUAGGCGACUAAAAUCUUUGAAACCAGAAGUCUCAAUUGUCAGCGGCCACGACCUCUUGAGUGAUAGCAAACUUUUGGCUUGGUUGGACCUCAGUGAUACGACUUUAGAAGACCUAAAUUCACUAGGAGGAGAGAAUAGUAUGGCAAUUUGCAAAAAAGAUGGAAGGUACCAAGGUGUUUGUAUUUGGUUCGCGGUUGAGUUUCCAAAUGGUUCGGAAUUAUCAACUGCCCCUUUAAGUGAACCGACACAUUGGAAGCAAACUGUAGUGGUUCUACCGAACGAUAUAGAAGUGACUAAAAAUGAGCCAAUAGCAUUUAAAUUGUCUAUAAAUAGAGAUAAAUCAAAGCCGAGAAGGUAUAAUAUGGAAUUGACGAUGUUGGACGCUGCUGAAGUUGAGCAUGACAUACCUUGUAAUUGUGAUCUGACGAAAUGUGUUGUCAUGCGUACGUAUAUGGAAAUUCAUCCAAUGAGUUAUAGCGAUUCGACAGUCACCUGCGAGCAACAUGAUUACAAUUGACUAAACCUUAAUUCUAUCUAUUCAGUUUAUAAGUUUACAAAUGAAUAGAUUUUUACUAUUUUUAUACCUAUUAUCUUAGAAAAUUGUAUAAUUUUCUGUCACGGGACAAGUAUCCUGCAUAAAGAAAGGAUUUUUAAAUAAAUAAACAAGAAAGGAGUGCAAAACACGGAACCGUCUUCAAAAUUUGUGUCCAAGUCUCUCAGAAAACCGAUUCGGUAUUUUUGGAUGCGGAUAUGUGUCUGAUGGACCCGAGCGGUGUUUUAUUUGACGAAGUUUUUGAGUAUAUUUGACGUGCGCCGAAGAAAGGGGGCUUACUCUAAACAGUGGGAUUUUUCGGGGUGAGCGGUUGAAGUCGACCCGAUAAACGCGACUUUUAGGAGAGAGGGAAGGCUAAAGAAAUCUUUCCUCUCCACUGACCACUACAUUAUCACGCAUAUAGCUACGUCGUAGAUGCGGCUCACGGACGAAGUAUAGUUGGGACGCGGAGAUGUAGUGGUCAGUGGUGGGAGGUGUUUCAUGGGAUCUCGAGCUGUCGAGCGAAAGCCCGAUUACUCACGUAUCUAACAAUUCAAUUAUUAGCAAUAAUGAGACUGAGGAAUUUCUUUAGAUAGUCUCAUUAAAAAGAGCAAUUCAAAAACCAUCGAAAGGUGUAAAAACCUCGAUUUCUAUUUUUUUAGAGUGAGCCCCCUUUCUUCAGCGCACGUCACAUAUGUGCCCACAGUAGGAUUAAAAGAGAUCAAUGUUCUUCGAAUUUAUUGACCUUGUGUUUUGACGUAGUAUUUCGUAGUAUUUUAAUUAAAAUCUCAAAAAACGACUAAGAAAGGUUCAGGUUUCUGUUACUUUUAUUAUAAGUUAUGUAAUAGAAAUUCUGAUAGGCACCGAAAAAAGUAACAUUUAUUGUUAGAAAAUGUGUUUUGUAUUUUACAACUUGGUAACAAAUUUAAAGAAAAUAACGCCUACAGAGUUUCGCGAAACUUCACGUUUUUAUUACUUUUUUACAAGUUACGUGACAGACAUUCCGAGAGGAGCCAAAAAUGGAGCCUUUUGUUAGAAAAUGUAUGUUGCUCCUUAAAUCUUGGUAAGGUAUUUUCAAUAAAAAAGUUUUGCUGAGUU